GGUGUAAUGUCGGUGGAGAUCUGCGCUCGACGUGUUGGCUCUGUGUGGGUGAAGAUGGCGGCGCGGGUCUCGUCCACAUGCGCGCUGUUUACGGAGGCAGUGGGCGCCGUUUUAAGCAGUUGGCCGGUUUUACAGAUAGCGGUAGAUAAUGGAUUUGGAGGAGUGUACAGUCAGCAGAAGGCGGAGUGGAUGGUUGAUGCUGUUCAGCAGUAUUUUUGUGACAACAGUGACCUCGAACAGCAUGAAGUGGAGGACUUUCUGUCUGAUCUGAUGAACAACGAGUUUGACACUGUGGUAGAUGACGGCAGUUUGCCACAGGUGGCGCAGAAGGUGUGUGUGAUGUUUCAGCAGUGUCAGCAGGGGAAACUGGCCGAGGUCAGAGAGCACAUCCACCAGCUGGAGCUUAAAAGGGCCACAGGGAGGGCAAAGGUCACACCUGUGAAGGCACCUACAGAGGAGGAAGAGGAGAGCGGGGAUGACGAAGAGUCUAUGGAAUAUGAUGAGGCUGGAGCAGGAGCGUCGGUUAGCAGUGCAGCGGUGAAAGACCAGCAGCCUCCUUCAGCUACGGCUACUGAGGAAGAGGACGAUGGCUGGACGGUCGUGCGCAGGAAAAAGUGACCAGAGCUGCAGACAUGCGCAUUAUAGGCUUACAAACCUCAGAGAGCCUGUGACUCUCAGACUGUGCACAGCGCCACAGGUGAGCUGUUCACACUGUUUAGAGGUGCUGUGUCUGAAUGGACUCAUGGGAGUAAAACUAAAAAAAAAAGCAUUUGCUUUUGCAGUUGACUGAAACAUUUAUCUAUGUAUAGGAAUCUGAUGGCCCAGUGAAGCUUCUUGCUGGUAUAUGGACAGAAAAAAAAAAGCUCCUUUUCCGGUGCUGGAAAAGUCACAUCUGGUUAUGUGAGACUAUCGUCCUGCGUGUUGUGAAUAACAGGUUUAAACAGCGCUCAUAGACGGUCGUGCAUUCUGUCGGCGGUUUAUAAAUCCAGGCUGCUACAGCCAGCUUUUACUGUAAGUUUAACUUGUUAUAGUGUUUUUGAAUUCGGUACAGUUGGUUAAACAUUUGUUUAACAGAUGGUAUUAGUAAGAUGUGGCAGAUGGGUCCUCAAUAAUUUUCUACAGCCUGCCUUCAGAAGUUGGCCUGUGGACUCAUGACUGUUGUUAUAGGUGUACAGGGCCCCCCUGUGGUCAUAGUAGGUUCUACAUGAUGCACCCGUGCCUGUCUGCAGAAAGCUGUAUUGGUGAGGACCACAGCUGCUGCUGUUUUUAAGGAAGGCUGUGUACACUGUAAUGCCCUUUUUAUUAAAACAUUCAUGGUCAAACUAUUUUGAGUAUAGUACGGUUGUUUGUUAGUGUAGGUGCAGGGGGCUGCAAACCUCUGCUUCUUCUACUUUAAUACAUUUUUUAAAAUGACAUAUUAACCAUGUGACAAUUUGAGUGAAAAGUAGCAUCUUAAUUUCAAAAUUUGUGCUUUGGUGGUGUGCCCCCCCCCCCCCCCCUUUUGCGACAACAUGCACUUAAGCGACUCCAGGUUUGUGCAAACGCCUGUGCAAUAAUUGCAGCUGAGUCUCAUCUGAACAUGAGCGUCAAUGAAAGGAAUAGGACUGAAAUAAACAAACUGACCUGUUUGGUGAGGUGCCUACAUGAUCACUGUAACAAACUAAAAUUAAAUGCGAGUUAAAGUC